UACAGACCCCAUAAGGGAGGUCGUUUCAAACGAGGAGAUCGGCUGCGGUCAAGCGGUCGACAAGAAGUCGAAGCUCCGGAGGAACGUGGCUCCGGCUGGAGCAAGAAUCUGGACGCUCGGCCUGUGCCACCUGACCUGACCGGACCUGACCUGAAAUGCUACACCGUCAAGAAAUAA